UGGAAACUAUGUGGGUCAGAAACCAUAUGAAGCUAAGCGUGUUACUUGCCAAGGAGAUGGAAAGGAUCCUAGUGGUAUAACCCUUGAUCAGUUAAAAGCCAGACCACAAAGUGCUAAACAGCGAUCUUCAAAACAACCCAAUCAACCAAAAACCAAUGCUAAAAGACCUAAUGUCAAUAACAGACCACAAAGCGACGCCAGGAUACCAACAAGUACAAACAAAAGACCUACCAAUGUUGUUAGCAGACCUGAUAAUGGUAAAAAGCAAACAAAUUACAACACUGGGUCAAUAAAUUACAAUUCCCAACUAGGUAGUAUUGACUGGAACGACGUUUUAUCUAAAAUGAACAUUGAUAGUACCAAACUGAGAAACAACAACUACAAAACAGUAUAUUAUAAAACUGGACCAUUUGAUGCUAAGUGGGAGCAAUUUUUUCGCAAACAACAACAAGGUGGAAAUAGCAAACCGAUAAGUAACAAGAGUAACAAACAAACAAAAUAUAUUACUAAUCCUGAUGGUUCAACUACCAAAGUACAUACCUGGGAAUACACCUAUCAAGUACCGUCGACAUACAGACGUACGAGCAAAGUUUCCAAUGGAAAAUGA